UUUAUUUCCUUUCAUUACAACGAAACAUAAUAUUAUUCAACGAACAGGAAGUAAAAUAUGCAUCAUGUAGGUUCAGAAAACAAAUAACAAAUUUGUUUGAAAAGAGUUCCAUAAAAUCGUGAUUUUUCUGUAAUGCUGACAUGUAUAUAUACAUCAUGUUGUACCACGGAAUAGAAAAGCAUUGACAUGUUUACGAGUAGAAAUCGACUUUCAUACAGCUUUCGCCUUGUACAAUUUCGAUAUAUUCCGUGUUGACUGUCCUAUGUCGCACAAAACUGAUAAAGUUUGAAAAGAAGAUGCAAGACGUCAGCAAAGAGUUGAUCAGUACGCCUUUUACGUCAUUGUCAGAUCAAGAAACACUUUUGCAAGAAGCCCAUCGGCGAAAAAUAAUAGAACAUGUUCCCUUGAUAGUUGCUUUGUUUAUUAUAGCAGUAACUGGAAUAAUCGGAAACAUUUUAACAAUUUCAUUUUACGGCUAUAGGGUGAAAAGGACGCCCACUUUUGUAAUGAUAAAGUUAUUGGCAAUCAUAGAUCUUAUUGUCUGUUUUCUAAUCUUUACAACAAUUGCAGACCUUUGCAUCAACAUCAAGUUUACGAGCACAAUUCUUUGCAAAUGGAUGUACUUUCUGGAUCAUUGGUUUAUGCAUACUUCUGUGAUGAUACUUUGGAUAAUAUCGAUUCAUAGAUACAGAAGAAUCUGUAGGCCUGUUGGGAGACAAUUUACAGUAAAGUCUGCUACAGUUGCAGUGAUACUUUCUACAGUAUUCUCAAUAAUAUACUGUUCACAUAUCUUCAUUAUUUAUGAUCCCGUGAAAGUUAACAUCUCUACUUCAGACGUUGCUAUUUCCGAAGUGAUUGGUCAUUACUGCACAAAUACUGACGAUCCAAACCUCAAGGAUGUUCUCGUUACCUUUCAUGCCAUUGAUGUUGUGUCUGUAAGCUUUUGCUUUAUCACCUUUCUAUUUACGUAUGGCAAUAUCUGGCGAACGGUAAGGAGGCACAACAGGAAAGCUGAAACAAUACAGACAGCCCCAUCCAGUCUUCCUCCCAGGCAACGUACGCUACCUUUCAAACAUAUAGCGAUACAAAUUAGCAAUGCCAGCACUAAAGAACAUUUUUCCACGGACCAGUUUACAUCUCAGCUGCAGUCUGAUUACACCACAGAUAGUUUUUCAAAACCGGAUACAGGUUCUGUUGAAACACCGGCUACAAUUGAACGUGGGACUCUACAUACAAGUACUCGAAAGAUCAAGAAAUCAUCGCAAUCCUCAACGAGAGUUACACGUGAACGUAAAAUUACGCUCAUGAUGUUUGCCGUUACCGUGGCACUAGUGAUAUGUUUCACUCCAUAUUUCAUUGCUUCUGUCGGAAUACGAGCGGUGUCUGCCACAACAGAAGACGAACUUAACACUGGUAUGGAGCUGGCACUUAGUUUUCCAUUUUUAAACAGUGUCAUCAACCCCAUCAUAUUUUGCGUUUUUAAUUCUAAAUAUAGAGGGUUUGUAAAAAAGAAGAUUAUAAGAUGUUAGAUAAGAAAUUGCACAAGAAAUUUAGUUUUAAAUCAUUUAAACUUGUAAUACUGGUUGGGUUUCCAUAGUGAAUAAUGCAUAUCGGAUAUCUGUCAUUUGAUUUAAACAGCAAAUGCAUUUCUUAAUAUAUGGUACUAAAUAAUGUCGUCAGAAUAAAACUUUUUAAAUGUAGAAUGAACAUUUACAACUUGCAGGUGUCGUUACAGUUCUCUAUAAUCCUACGGGAUUUUUUUCUCAUGAUUAGAGGUAGAUUUUCACGAGAAUUUCAAGGUUUGAAACUAUGUCACUUCUUAGGACCACUACACAUAUUUAAGCAGUGAAACGUUACACUGAUAAAUUUCCUAGAAUAUUUCUCAUUUAGUACAUCCUUCCUUUUUGGACUUUUUGUUGGGUAAUUAACUUCAGUAUUUUCUUUUAUCUUUAUUUUGUUUUGAGGGAGGGUUAUGUUAUGAAUUUUUGCACAUUCUUAUGCUAACUGACACUGGUAUUUUGUAGACCGGCUCUCGUAUAAGAAAAAUCCGCCAGAUAUGUAUGUAUUCCUGUGUCAUGUUUAGUGUUUCUAUCACAUAUAUUUGUAUAUUUUCCAACUGCUCUGGUUAAGAGUUCCUCUAUGUUUAUUUGCGUCAUACAAGGUGUCAAUAGGUCUAAGAAACUAGUAGAGAAUUGAACACGAAAACUUCAAGUUGAUUGCAAACGUCUGACAAUGCCCGACGUGUUUAUUUUUAAACAUGCGUUCAAAUUAUAAACAUGAAUAUAUCAAAUUCUAUAUUAGGCAAAAAGUAUGAAUACUUAGUCAUAAUACCGAAAAAGAUGACACAAAGUUGCACAACAAUACAACCGCCUAGUCAUUGAGGAACAUGACAUCUAAAAGGAAAUUAACAAAUAUAUAAAGACAUAUAAAAGGAAAUUAAAAGAAUAAAAAAUAUAUAAGGAAAUUAACAAAGAUAAAAUGACUUAUAAAAGGAAACUUACAUAGAUAUAAAGUAAGACUAUCAUGUUCCAACAUAAAGCCCUCUAUUUUACAAUGAAUGUACAUUAGAAACAAAUCUGAAGGUACAGGUAGCCAUGCGGGUAGAGGGGUGGUAAAAAGCAGAAAAAGAUACAGAUCGACCCAUUAGUGCAUCAAGGUACUAUCUGCAUUCAUUAUUUAAUUGUAAAUAGCACCUUGAUGCACUAAUGGGUCGAAAUACAAGCCUCAAUCCAGAUCAAACUGGAAAUAUCCGUUUUAUGAGUUCACAAGUGCUUCCUCACCUGAAAUGACUACCCACGCUAACCGAGCGGUUCCGUGACGACAUAUUUCAUUGGUUGUUGUAGCGUGGUGCAUGCUUGAUUACAGGCAGAAACAAAGGAAGAAAGAAACGAUGUCUGCACAUCUUACUCCAAUAUACAAUGCAAGAAAGAAGAACUUAGACUGGCAAACUACAUGUAUACCCUGAUUGUAAGAAAGAGAAAAUGUUAUAGUAAAACAUAAAUCAAUUUAUAUACAAUAUAAAUUAUGAUUUUAUAUUUUCCUUAAGCUUUCCCACUUUUAAUAGUGAAUCAACCAUGAAAACUUCAAAUUGAUUGAAAAUUCAUAAACAUGAAAAUACCAAAUUCUAGAUUAGACAGAAAACAUAAGUACUUUGUCAUAAUAUCGAAAAAGAUGACACAAAGUUGCACAACAGUACAACCACACUGUCUAACCAAAGAAAGAACGAGAAAACCAGGGUAUUUAGUAGGUGCACAUAAAGUAAUGAAAAAAAAUUGCAUUCAUUAUAUACAUGUAAUUGUAAAACCCGUAAUUUGUAUCUCACUUGAAAAGACAAUUUUUCUUCCCAACACAAAGUGCACAAUUAGUGAAACUUGUCAUCUGUAUUUAUGAUAAAUAAAGCACAGAAGGUAUGAAGUAUGUUUCUAUAUAUACAAAAAUUAUACGUCUCACUUACCAAAGCAAAAGAAUAAUACUACCUGAAAAUAUAAAUGACUAUACAAUGGCCUAAAAAAACUAGGUUUUGCAUGAAAUAAGUAAUACAAGAAUAUUUCAUCUAUAACAUAAACCCUAUUUUGUUAUUGAUACAUGUGUACAUGUGACUAGAAAAAAGAUUACAGCUAUGACAUAAUUUUGUCCUUGCUAAAUUGGCAAUAUAUUUUUUAGUGUGUAUGUAUAUAAAAUAUAAUACAUUUAUUGAUACAGUACAACAAUAAAUCUGUAAACACAAAUGCAAAUUUUUUUCAGUGCAAGAAACGCACACAAACAAUUCAAAAGUGUCACUUGGUCACCCAUAUAAAAAAACAAGACAUAAAGCCUGAAUCAACAAAACAAGGUAAUAAUUAGUAUCAAAUUCUAUUAAGUAUAUGUACAUCUAUGAUAAGUGUUUCAACAACAUGAAAAGCUGAAAUUCUAGAUAUUUAUAUUAGAAAGACAAGUCAAAUUGUCUGAAGAAAUUCAAAAAUUUCCAAGCUGUACCCAGACGAUUUACUGCAAAACUAUGUUGGUAUUUUGUAUCUGGACAUUGCGGACAUAUACCAUGAUACUUGCAUCAACAAUAUGUCAAGCUGCAGUUUUAACUGUAUAUUAGGAUAUCAUACAUUCCUUUACUGUGUUUGGAUUGUGUCGUAACAUAAUGGUUUAUUAACAUACUCCCUCGAUAUGUUAAGCUGUUGCUAUAGCGCAAAAACUUAAGGACCCACCACGACCUAGUGACCAACUUUUUUCACCCACAAAAACUUCAUGAAAAUCAUUCUUAUAAUACAGGUAGGUAAUAUAUAGCUAUACUUCAAGUUUUCCGGUGGACAAUUUAGGCCCUUUCUGAAUAAAUAUCUUUUCAAAACUUCAUCAGCAAACUUAUUCAGUCAAUCUCUUUUCAGUAUAGUUUUAAGAAUAUAGAGGAAUAGCUAUUUUACACUGUAGAAAUAAAAUGUGAUUGAAAUUUUAACUAAAUACAAAAAAUUAUGUACAUAUUGCUACAUAAAUUCAAUAACAUGGUAAGACAUUAAACACAUUGUCUUGGCCUUAUAUAUGUCACUGUCAAUUUGUAACUAGAUACCUGUUAUUUCUCAUUUUCUUUAUGCAAAGCAUGUAUAAUUACCAUCAUGGAAAUACAAAAGAAUACAGUUAUUUUGUGGUACCUCUUUAACACACACCCAGAUAUAUCAAGCCGUUAUCAUAACUGUAAAAUCUUUACGUACGCCCCGAUAUGUUAAGCUGGUGUCCUUAUUGUAAAAUCUUAACAUACACCCCGAUAUGUUAAGCUGAGUGUGCAAACACUUUAAAAUUAAUAAUAAAUAUUAAAAUUGUUUUGUGAUGUGAAUGUCGACUUGUAAUACCAGAAAUUUUUUUUAGAUAUCUUGCGACAACCAGGAAAUGUUAGGUGUACGUAUAUAUUUUCGAAAUGCUUUUAAUUUCCAUCGACCUAACUGCAUGACUACAUUCUCUGGGACCCCAGACAUGAUUGCUUGUGUACAUGCACUGCCUGGAGGAUGCAUAUAGCCAAAAGCUUGUCUAAAAUAUUUGCGAAAUGUAGACAAAAGUAAUGGCCGACACAGACAGUCAAGGAAUAAUGGGCCUAGAUGUGAUUCCUUAUUUUCAAGAUAUGACAAAUACUUUUUAGAUCAGACGUUAUCGCUGCCAAAUGGAGUAAGGACUUUGGUACCUUUGUCGUCUUUUGGGGUUUUAUGAUGAUGGAUCUGUAUUUCUAUAAACUUCUCUACAGUAUAAACUUGAACAGUGGAAUUUUAUUAUACAAAUUUACCGAAUGAACUUCAUGAUCCAAACGGUCAAGAAAAUAUAAUCACUGAACUCAAAUAGGGGUGAUUUUCUGCCGAUGAACUCAAGCGUUAUUUUUUCUCGUCCUUUGAGAUCAUGGAAUCCAUUCUAUGUUUCGAUAUUCCGCUUUAGCCUUACAAGGGUUCCUUGUGUGUUACACCUUUAAUUAUCACUCAUGAACAGAAUCGAUCAGCUAUUGCUUUCUAUACUUCCAAAGGAUCUUCAUAUAGACUACCACAGCAGUGACCUUAAAGUGCUGUGUGGCGGUCUUUGAAAUGUCUGUCUGUACUUGGACUCCGUGGAGCUCCAUUUUCUGAUCGUUUAAGAUUAUAGAGUCAAAUAUAUCUGCGUAACAGAAUUCGGCUUAAGAGAGUGAUAUUGGUGUGAGGUUGUUGCUCAUUUCAUUACUUAUAUUGUAACGAUUCAGUCAAACCGGGUCUUAUAUUAAUUCAAUUGGAUCCGUUUUAUGCUUCCAAAGACCUUCUCACAGAUUCUUUAUCAGGAAUAGGGGGUGCAAGUUACACUGAAAUACAUAUUUUAUAUGAAAUAUGUAUGUAUAUGCAUGCUUCCGUAAUAUAGAUCUUGUAAACUAAUGUCAGAAAUUAAUAAUUUACUAAUUCAUAAAGUUCUGAUUGCAUUUAAGUACCAUACAGCUGCAGCCUGUUUCUGCUAAAUGUUUGCUAAAAUAUUACGAAAUAAAACAUGUAACAUA